AGCAAACAGAAGGUAGAUUCUGUAUUUAUAAUUGAACUACACAAAAAAUAUCAAGUGUGAGCGCUCCAAUCUUCGUAAUAGAAUCGCCCCACAUAGCGCUAUUCGCGUCACUUUAUGGCCUGAAAUGCAAAUACAAGAAAAAUGCCACGACUCGUCGCGAGCACGUGAAACAAACGUUACCAUGACAAUAAUAUCGACCGGCGGCUUUUCCGAGGCUUUCCCUGAAAUUCUCAUUCGCGUGUCGCCUUCUGAAACAAUAAGGCACCAAUGUCUAGACACCUAUUUUGAUACUAGCGGACCCUUACAAUAUCGUAUUUGUACUGCUGUUCAUGCUUUCGUACGUGCAUGUCGCUACCGUUAAUUUAAAAAAAAAGCUGUAUAGUUGGCGACUGGAUCGUGUCGGUAGUGCGAGUCCAGCAGCCGUGGACAAUGAGUGCACAAGCGAAGCGAAACGAGACGAGCGGCCGCCGGCGGCCAUGCGCGAGCCUCCGUUUUUAAAAAGCACUCAUUAGCCGGUGCACUGUAACUGCGCCGCGGUUGGAGCAAACGCAACGUGUGUGCAAUACGGGGCAUUAGAAAGUGUAAUGAAUAUCGUGGUGCGAUGCUGUCAGUGAGCAAGCCGGCGUCGCUAGUCCAGCAGAAGAAGCAGCAGUGGGCGCGGGAGAGAGGUGCGUACAGCGUAGUGGUGCGUGAGCGCGUGUCGCUGCUCCCGGGCCGGCGCUGGCCGCCAGCUGUCCGCCGCCGCGGCACUGUCCGCGCUCCCGCCGGCGCCGCUCCGCGUCUCGGACCUGGUGCAUGCUCACAUUUGCAUCACGCUCAUUUCAUGUUUCGCAACUCAUUCACGGUCGUGGUUUUAUCAAGGAGAUUUACUAGCAUUCGCGACUUUAUGUCAUGUUAGUUUAAAUAGUUAUUUUGGAUUGCGACCCCAAAAACGAGGAAAUGUCCCACCUUUACCUGCCCUGGGGCUCCGGUGAGCGAUACACGAAUCGUUUGCAAGUGCGAAAUCAAUUUGCCAGUACGUUGGAAUUGCACAAACAGUCCUCUUACGAGUACCAAGAACAAGGGCAACGCCAACGAAGCCCAAGUUUGCCGCCGAUACAUAAUAUCGAAGAAAGAAAUACUAAGGAUGAUAGAAGGAACGUCCUUAACCGAAACAUUCCUAGUGCGAAAAGGUUUGCGUUCUAUGAUGAAGACUGUGAAGGAGACACGUCCGGAUACGGAAGCGAGACUGUCAACCACAUGAACAGGAGUGGACAGCACCGGACGCUGCAAGGCGCCGACCGCAGCCCCGUCGUGGCCUGGCAGCAAGAAGGUAAAGACGACAGGAAUAGGUUAUCGAGUGACGCUAAAUCAGCAGCAUCGGAGGGUGCCUGGUCAUCGCGCAGUCCUCGCUCGUCUGAGGAGGGACGUCUGCGCUGGGGAGACCGAGGUGUCGCCACUGGUCGCCUCUGGGAACCCACUGCGCCUAAUGCUAGGCUGCCGCAGAUGGCAAACCAAAAGAAGGGAACGCCUUCGUGGGUAGAACGUGGAUUAAAUAUGAUUGAAAACGCAGCUGAAGUUCUUGUAAUCGACCAGAGAAGUUCUAGCAACAGCACCGGAAUAGACUGUGAUAGAUCAUCGUGCAACGGUAGCGAUGAGGGAAGAACAUUUUUAAGAGGUCAGAAUGUCCCUAUAGAGCCAGAAAUCAAGGCUCAGCGGGAAAACAAACGCUUGAAAGCUCUAGAAUUGCAAUCUGCUAUAUUAAGUCAGUUAGAGGACAGAGAGAAACGCCGACAAGAAGAGAGGGAACGACAAUUAAAAGAAGAAAGGUUAGAGGAAUUACGCAUACAAAGACAACAAGAAGAGGACAGGCAAAGACUUGAAGAUGAAAGAAGGAAACUAGAAGAGAAACAGUUGAUGGAACAGAAAAAACUAGAGACCUUGAAAAAAGCCUUGGAGGAUGCCGAGAGAAAAGCCAAACAAGAUAAAGAAAAGAGGUUUACUUAUCACAAAAGGAAUUCAAACACUAAUUUAAGUCAAGACGCUAAGCCAAAAAUGGAAGAAGCAAUAACUCAACCCGUAGCGGAAGCAACACCCCGUGUUGAAGUAGCCAGUCCCACUAAGACAAGUAGAACUUACGACAUUCAUUCUGCAAAAAGUCUUAAAAGAGAAUGUAACUCCCAACAGACAACGGAGUUUAAUUCUCCGAGGUCAGUCGGAAAUGGUCAUUUGAAUUUGUUCAUACAUAGCGUUCCUCCACUAGCUCUAACAGACGGGCAAUUUAACAUUGUGCCAAUCGGGAUCAAUAGCAAUAAUGAAAUUGUGAACACGCAGCCAAAUAAUAUACAACUAGCAGUUUUAGUUCCUCAAAAUGUGGCCAAUAAUUUAUACAGCGUGUCAUUAAAUUCUUUGAACAACACGAAUGAAUUGACGGAUAUCGGCAAGUUAUUGACACCAAAUAGAUAUCGCACCUUAAGAAUGAAAGACGCAUCAACUCAAACAGAUUCAAUAUUUAAAGCUACAACUGAUAAAAUAAUAGAAACUGAUGAACCCGAAAGAUAUAUUGAUAAAGAUUAUCCCAACAUUGACGAAAAUGCUCCACAGGAUAGUCAUCACAAUACACUUAAGAAAGAUAGACGUUUUCGAUCCGAGGAAAGGUAUAAAAAAGAUUUAGAAAAUCGACCUAAAUGGGGAGUCAACCGGCCAGCAGCUCAAUACAAAAAACAAAGUGAGAAAGAUCCAUUUUACAGUCAAAAAAGAAAAAUGAGGCAAAAAUAUAGACCUCAAGCAAGACAGUAUUUAUCACAUUCUAGUGAAGAUAGCCGGUCUCCCAGUCCGCCGACUAGAUCCGAAAAAACUAUUGAGAGCGGCACGAAACACCGGAACUCGUUAAGUCAAUCCUAUUGGAGGAGUAAACGGUCCAGUCAGGAUCUAACCAAAACAAACAAUGUUUCUGAAAACAAUUUACAGCCCGAUUUAAAUCCCUUAGGAUCGUUAACUAUCAACGAAAUUACAGAACAUAAAAAGUCGCCCAAAACGUCUCCACUGAAAAGAAUGACUUUAUCACAGAAGUUUAUUAACGAUAAAUACGGAAAUAGAAAAUUGUGGAUAGACGACGUGAACGAAAAGAAUAGUAAAGCUAAUUUGUAUGAUGUUGAAAACAGGAAGAAAAUUAUAGACCAAAUCAAUACUGCCAAAAGAGAACUUUAUGAAAAACAUGAAGAUCAAGAAAAUUUAGUAAAGCACAAAUUUUAGGUUUAGAUUUC